AUGGGCAUCCCAUGGAUAUGUUCAUGGCAUUUUACCCUUGCUAUCGCUCUCCAAGACAUGCCUUAUUCUCUCCUCCGGGAAUUCAGAGUCAAAUGGUGGGAAAAAUAUAACCUUGACAGAUGUUCCCUUGCAGGUUUGGAUCUUAUAGGGAUCCACUUCCACCUACAAGCUUUAGACUGUAGUAUUGAUCGGCAUGCGGCUCGAGUCUUCCAGCUGACAAGAGAGCUCGGCCACAAAUCCGACGGCCAAACCAUCGAGUGGCUCCUCCGCCAAGCCGAGCCUUCCAUCAUAGCCGCCACGGGAACAGGCACGACUCCGGCGAGCUUCUCCACCGCCUCUCUCUCCGCUUCUUCCUCCCCCUUCGCUCUCGGAAAACGCGUUUUGAGAACGGAGGAGGGAGAAUCAGGCGGCCCCGGAGGAGGAGGGGAGUUAACUGUUGGACACGCAAUGAGUAGUGGUGGUGGUGGGUUCUGGGCGGUUCCGGCGAGGCAGGACUUCGGACAAGUAUGGAGCUUUGCCGCCGGAGCUACGCCGGAGAUGUUGUUUACGCAGCAGCAGCAAGCAGCUACACUCUUUGUCCGCCAGCAGCAGCAGCAGCAAGCUUCAGCAGCUGUAGCUGCGAUGGGUGAGGCUUCAGCAGCUAGAGUCGGGAACUAUCUGCCAGGUCAUCAUCUUAAUCUGCUAGCUUCUUUGUCGGGUGGAAGUCCCGGGUCGGGUCGGAGGGAAGAGGAUGACUCACGCUGAAAGAAAGGUUUUAUCAAUCUUUUUGUGUUAUUUGAUUAGGGAUGAUUGGGUAAUGUAUAGAAAACUCUUUAUGUUUAAUGUCAUCAAAAGUGGUCAGAGACUACUUAGUUCGAGUUUUUUUUUUUUUGUGUUCAAGUUUUAGUUUUAAGUUAUUUGCUUGUUUGAUUAGUGUGUAAGAUUAUUUGGUCUCAGAGUUUGUUUUGAGAGUGAUAGUGAAAUCGAUUGAUUAAUUGUUGUUUACUUAAAAACGCCAUAAUGAACAGCAAAAAAAAGCUCUUUGUACGU